AUGCCUCGCUCCGCUCCCGAACUGGUAUGGCUGGCCCUUACUCUCAACCGGGUAUUAAAUUGCAAUCUCCCCGCACACCUCGGAUUCACUGAAAUGAAUAGUUUCAGGCUGGCGGGCCGGGGUACAGCGGCUAUAUCAGGCCUAAAUAGAUGAUCAUUGAAAGCGAAUAUAUAUAUAUUGUCUAUAUCGGAGGUGGUGAUGGAUCAAAAGCAAUCAACGAAUACAAAUUCCUGAGAUCUUGAGCAACUCAAAAAGCAUAUCUUUCAAACUCUCGUUCAUCAGCCUGGUAGCCUCACUGCUGGCCAUCAUACCCUUUACCAAAAGCGCCGAGGACCAUCCUUUGCUGCCGACAUGGACAUGCACUGCCUCAGCAGGCUACGUGCAGCAGAACACCUCAGUCGUACUCGACGGGCCGGACUCGAAAAUGGCCAAGGGUGCUGCUGGCUCGAGGACGGCGGCUGACUACACAGCGAUGGGAGUUUCUACCUCAGGAAACGUCCUGACCAUGUAUCACUACAUCCAAGGAACCAAUGCAUCCCCACGCGUCUACCUCCUAGGCGAUGAUGGCAAGUACGCCAUGAUGAACCUUCUCAACGGGGAGCUCUCCGUGGAUGUCGACCUCUCGACGCUCCUUUGCCGGGAGAACGGCGCCUUCUAUCUGUCGUCGAUGGAGCCCGACGGCAAGAGCAACGCGACGGCUGGCAGCGGUUACUGCGACACGCAGUGCCAGGGCUAUUGCUGCAACGAGAUGGACAUCCUCGAGGCCGACUCGCAGGCGACGGCCAUGACGCCCCAUCGGUGCAAGGUAAAUACCUGCGACAAGGGUCGCUGCGGGUACAACCCGUACGCGAGCGGGCAGAAGAACUUCUGGGGGCCGGCAAGACGGUCGACAUGAGCAAGGUGUUCACCGUUGUGACACAAUUCGCAGCCAACGGGGGGAAGCUGUCACAGAUAACGCGCAAGUACAUUCAGAAUAGGCGUCAAAUCAGCGGCGGCGGGACGAUUUUGAGUUGUGGCUCCGAAGGCUCGACGGGUGGUAUGACCGGUAUGGGACAGGGUCUGAAGACUGGGAUGGUACUGGCAAUGAGUAUCUGGAACGGCGCCGCACAGCAAAUGGCCUGGCUCGACGCCGGCGCCAAUUGACCUUAUAGCAGCGGACAGGGAACUCCGUCCUCGAUUCAAUCUCAGCACCCUGACACCCAGGUCGUCUUUUCCAACAUUCGA